CACCUUCUUGUACUUAACCAUCCAGAACCAGCAAACACCGCACAGCUUUAACCCCCCACCACCAUCAGCCUGAAAACCCUGCAGCUCUCUGCAACGCCACUGUUCCGCACGCAGACGGCGAAAAGAUCACGCGCCUAGGGUUCGGCACCGCCCUCCAUCGAAAUCGGCGGCGGCGUCGGCGCCCCUCCCCGCAGCAAUGCGACCGCCGCCCGCGGUGAUGACGGCCUCCUCGUCGGAGAAGAAGGCGGCGAAGCGGAGCGGACCACCGAGGCCCCGAGGGAGGAAGUCGCAGCUCGCCCUCCUCGGUGAGUGCCGUUCGCGAGGAACAGGGGGGUGCUCACCUGGAAAUGCAUUUGCUCCACAUAUACUGCUUAUCAAUCGGGGAGAGGAUAUUACCUCCAAGAUUAUGCUGUUAUCAGAGCUGCACUCCAAAUCCAUCUGCAUUCUAUCAGCCAAUGGCCCAUUAUCAGCUAUAACUCUCCGUCUAUCUUCACAUUCAGGUGGCCUUGACAAUGCAGUUUACCAGGGUCAGUUUGAGAUAAUUUCACUAAAAGGCUCUUAUCUGCUGUCUGAUGAGGGUGGCUCAGGAAACAGCAGUGGGGGUUUAAGCAUUAUGGUUUCUACUCCUUGCGGCAGCUUGUUUGGAGGUAGCGUUGGAGGGCCGCUGAUCGCUGCUGACCCUGUGCAGGUAAUUGCUGGAAGCUUCAAUUACACGGUGACAGAGGAAAAGAAGGAGCCAAAGACCAGUGACAGCCAACUUAAUGAGCUGAAAGUACCUUGGGAGCUGGAUGCAAUGCCUUAUGAACCAUUUUCACCUUUGCCUCUGUUUGGGUGGUCCAGGAUUGAAGAUGUCAAACUUGAUCGCCACGACUUCGACCUGACCAAUGGUUAGCUCUUGGCUUCACUAUGCUGCGACAUAUGCAUGAAGAUAAUACAUGAUGGAGAUAUAACAUAACAGUUGUAAGGGCAAGCUAUUAAAAACUUUGAUUUCCAAAGAUAUUUUGUGGGCGGAAGUGUACUUCCAAACUCAAAUUCGCGGAGGAAAAGUAGUUCUAAAUUCUAACCAAGACUUCUAGAGACAUGUAAAAUUGAUAUGUCGUUUGCUAAGUCGGGAACAACGGUGUAAUUCCGCAGACUUAUAUCAGCGGGAGCUAUAAACUAGUAAUAGCAAGUCAUUUUAUGUCGAAGGAUUAUGAAAUGCACAUUCAGAUGACAGAAGCGCCUUCUGAACAUU